UCCACAACAACAGGACGGAAGAGCACAUAUAGACACACAGUACGCUACUCAUCUCAUCUCUCUCCUCUUCUUCGAAAGUCGCUCUCGUCUUCCCGAUUUCCUAGGGUUUCUUCUUCUGCUUCAAAACCCUAACCCUAGCUCUCUGUAUUUGCAGAGAUCAAAAACUAUAACUUAGACCUAUCUGUAUAACCCGUUCGAUCCUUCAAAUUGCGAAGCAGUGGUGGUCAUGGCUGCGGUAGCGACAAUGGUGAGCUCGGCUGGAGGGCUUUUGGCCAUGCUCAACGAGACUCACCCUUCGUUGAAACUUCACGCUCUCUCAAAUCUCAAUGCUUUCGUUGAUUACUUCUGGCCCGAGAUCUCCACUAGCGUACCCAUCAUAGAGAGCUUAUACGAAGAUGAGGAUUUCGACCAACGGCAACUUGCGGCAUUGCUUGUUUCAAAGGUUUUUUAUUACUUGGGUGAACUCAAUGACUCGUUAUCGUAUGCUCUGGGAGCUGGUCCUCUGUUUGAUGUUUCUGAGGAUUCAGAUUACAUUCAUACCCUUCUUGCUAAAGCAAUUGAUGAAUAUGCCAGUCUCAAGUCAAAGGUGGCAGAGUCAAAUGAUGAAAACAAAAUGGACCCUCGGUUGGAGGCAAUCGUUGAGAGAAUGUUGGAUAAGUGUAUACUGGAUGGAAGAUAUCAACAAGCUAUCGGAAUGGCAAUUGAAUGUCGUAGAUUGGAUAAACUUGAGGAAGCAAUUACAAGAAGUGAAAAUAUUCAUGCAACCCUAUCAUAUUGUAUUAAUAUCUCUCAUUCGUAUGUUAAUCUCAGAGAAUAUCGUCGUGAGGUGCUUCGUCUUCUUGUUAAAGUAUAUCAGGAGCUGCCAUCUCCCGAUUAUUUGAGCAUUUGUCAGUGCCUCAUGUUCCUGGAUGAACCAGAAGGUGUUGCGACCAUCUUGGAAAAGCUUCUACGAUGUGAAAAUAAGGAUGAUGCUCUUCUUGCUUUUCAGAUAGCUUUUGAUCUUGUAGAGAAUGAGCACCAAGCUUUUCUAUUGAAUGUGAGAAAUCGGCUUUCCAGUGCCCAGUCGCAACCAUCGGAACCUGCACAUCAAGAAUCUGCUGCACCAGAGUCUGAUCAAACUGGAAAUGCUACUGCAGCCGAGGAUGUUCAAAUGACAGAUGGAACUCAAGCUUUGAACAGGAAUGUGCAAGAAGCUGAUCCAAUUGAAGCGACCUAUGCCGAGAGAUUCUCAAAAAUCAAAGGAAUUUUGUCCGGAGAGACUUCAAUACAGUUGACUCUACAAUUUUUAUACAGCCAUAACAAGUCGGAUCUUCUUAUUCUUAAGACAAUAAAACAGUCUGUAGAGAUGAGAAAUAGUGUGUGCCACAGUGCAACAAUAUAUGCUAAUGCAAUUAUGCAUGCUGGAACAACUGUGGAUACAUUUCUCCGGGAGAAUCUGGAUUGGCUGAGCAGGGCUACUAAUUGGGCUAAAUUCAGUGCAACAGCAGGGCUUGGUGUUAUUCACAGAGGCCACCUGCAACAGGGCAGAUCACUUAUGGCCCCGUACUUGCCACAGAGUGGGGCUGGUGGUGGUGGCAGUCCGUACUCUGAAGGUGGUGCUCUCUAUGCCCUAGGUUUGAUUCAUGCAAACCACGGCGAGGGUAUCAAACAAUUUCUUCGUGAUAGCCUACGCAGUACAAAUGUUGAGGUUAUUCAACACGGUGCAUGCUUAGGUCUUGGUUUGGCAGCUCUUGGAACUGCUGAUGAAGAUAUUUAUGAUGACAUAAAAACCGUGCUUUAUACUGACAGUGCUGUUGCUGGAGAAGCUGCUGGUAUCAGUAUGGGCUUACUUAUGGUUGGAACUGCGAGUGAGAAGGCAGCUGAAAUGCUUGCUUAUGCACAUGAAACGCAGCAUGAGAAAAUCAUCAGAGGUUUGGCUUUGGGGAUAGCCCUCACAGUCUAUGGAAGAGAAGAAGAAGCAGAUACACUAAUUGAGCAGAUGACUCGGGAUCAAGAUCCUAUUCUACGUUAUGGUGGCAUGUAUGCAUUGGCAUUGGCAUACAGCGGAACAGCAAACAAUAAGGCGAUCCGUCAGCUGCUGCAUUUUGCUGUAUCAGAUGUGAGCAAUGAUGUCAGGCGGACGGCUGUUCUAGCACUUGGGUUUGUUCUGUACUCUGAACCAGAACAGACUCCUCGCAUUGUCUCCCUGCUGUCUGAGUCUUACAACCCACAUGUUCGUUAUGGAGCGGCACUAGCAGUUGGCAUAUCCUGUGCCGGUACUGGCCUGAGCGAGGCCAUAUCUUUGCUAGAGCCCCUGACCUCAGAUGUAGUUGAUUUUGUUCGUCAAGGUGCUUUAAUUGCAAUGGCUAUGGUGAUGGUUCAGAUCAGUGAAGCUAGUGAUUCUCGUGUUGGAACAUUCAGGCGACAAUUGGAGAAAAUAAUUUUGGAUAAGCAUGAAGACACCAUGAGCAAGAUGGGAGCUAUUUUGGCCUCUGGAAUACUUGAUGCUGGUGGAAGAAAUGUGACAAUAAAGUUGCUUUCCAAGACAAAACACGAUAAAAUUACUGCAGUUGUUGGUCUGGCUGUUUUCAGCCAGUUUUGGUAUUGGUAUCCUCUUAUCUAUUUCAUUAGCUUGUCAUUCUCACCCACAGCCUUUAUUGGGUUGAACUAUGACUUGAAAGUUCCAAAAUUCGAGUUCUUAUCACACGCCAAACCGUCACUGUUUGAGUAUCCUCGGCCAAUUACUGUAUCUACUACUACCUCGGCCGUGAAAAUUCCUACUGCGGUCUUAUCAACAUCAGCAAGAGCCAAGGCUAGGGCUACUAAAAAAGAGGCAGAUCAGAAAGCUGUUGUUGAAAAGUCAUCCGGAGCAGAGUCUUCUUCUGCUGGCUCAAGUACUGGAAAAGGGAAAUCCUCUGGUGACAAGGAUGGGGACUCAAUGCAGGUUGAUAAUCCAGCAGCAGAGAAAAGAGUAGAGCCCGAACCUUCUUUUGAAAUCUUAACUAACCCUGCCAGGGUAGUUCCUGCUCAGGAGAAGUUCAUUAAAUUUCUGGAAGAAGGCAGAUACGUUCCAGUUAAGUUAGCUCCUUCAGGGUUCGUUCUCUUGAAAGACCUCCGUCCCGCUGAACCAGAAGUGUUGUCUCUCACUGAUGCACCCUCAUCGACGGGAUCAGCUGCUGCUGGUGGAUCAACAACUGGACAACAGGGCUCAGCAUCAUCGGCCAUGGCUGUUGACGAGGAGCCUCAGCCUCCUCAGCCAUUCGAAUACACCUCAUAAAUUUGGUCUUCAACCAUAUACGUUGUUCGGGCAGAGUGAGUGAUGUGCAGAGACUGAUGCUUUGUGGUCAAAAAUGAAAGAAACUGGUUUGCACAACUCUUCAAUUAUCCUGUGAAGUGAAGGCCGAUUUGUGGUGAUUGUGCAGGCAUUUUUGCUGCUGCUAUUGGGAUUUAUCUGUUGGUCUUCAUUGAUUUCUCACUUGUGUUUCUCUUUAAUUUACACAUUCAGAAAUGAUGAUGAUGAUAGGGACAGGAAAGAUGCAAAACUGCAGUGGCUUGUGACUUGAAAUCUGCAACUUCUGCUUGUUGCAAUUACAGCCUUUUUUCUCAGUAACUCCCAUUAGAAAACGUGAUGUGUGGACUUGGAUCAAUUUUUGUUUUAGUUUUAAAAAGUUUGCACUCGUAUCAUAUCUUCAUUGA